CCUGGCUCCCAGUCUAGCUGCCAUAGAGGACCUGGAGGGAAGGAGAGAGGGAGACAAAGAGGCUGAAAUUCCAUUACUUCUGACGCCACUCUAUCUACCCACACACCUGCCGUGGAGGAGACUCUGAGAGCGAUGGACAGACUGUCAGUGGAGGAGACCAGAGAUCUCCUGGUCUCAGUUCUCUUUGUCCUCAAGCACAUCGAGAGCUCCGUGCUGCUCCACUGGUGGAGCGAACUCAUCGGCUCUGGAGGAGGGUCCAGAGCUCCUGCAAGUUGAGCGACUUUGAAGAUCCGUCCACAUCUCGUCUCUCGCAGUUCUUUGACUUUUUCAACGCUCUAGAAACAUGUCUGUAUUCCUUCAAGUACUGUGGGAGGACUGCAGUCAGCAAAAAACUAGCCUUGUCAUAUCGCGAGUCGACUCUGUCCCGCUCUCCCUCAGCCUCUCCGUCUGUCUCCACACCUCCUCAGAAAGAGAAACUAGGGAAGAAGACGUCUGUGUCCAGCGUGGCAGGGAAGACGGCCAAACGCCCUCCCAACUCCCCAGCACCCACGCCGGCCACGUUCACCAUCCCUCGCUCCCCCACUGCCGAGGAGCUGGCUCUACACGUGAAACUGGAGGGAGCUCUCUCUUAUGAGGUGGGACUCAUCAUCCUGGGUGUCCUGGACACCUUCAUGGAGGGGAUGACCAGCGAGCUGUCACAGGCUAUGGGUGACAACUACUUCAUGGCAAAGUUUUUCACGCUGCUCAUCACGAUGCUCCAUGUCAGUACAUCUGCCACUCUCCAGUCCCACAUUUUCAACUUCCUACGCAUCUUCAUCCACAACUUCAGAGAGAGUCUGUUCAAAGGAAGUGCAGAAUACUGCGGAAUUCUCUGCUUUGAGAUUCUGAGAUGUUGCAACUCAAAGAUGUCAACCACCAGAUCAGAGGCUUGCUCGGCCUUCUAUCUCAUGAUGAAGACAAACAAUGAACUGUUCAGGAGUCAGGGCUUCGUUCGCUGCCACGUGCAGGCGACGAUAGCAGUAUCUCGACUGGUGUCCACUCUACUGGGAGAGAGUGAUACCAACCUCCGUCGAUCCCUCGCCACCAUCGCCAACUUUGUCAAAGAUGACACCAAGAUUAAGAGAGGCUCGGCCUUCCCCACCGAAGUGGCUGAACUCAUGAAGAGACUGAAAACCAUUCUCAACGCCACAUCACAAAUGAAGGCCCACCAGAACGACCCAGAGAAGCUGAUGGAUCUCCACUACAGUCUGGCCAAGAGCUACAGCAACUCUCCUGAACUGAGGCAGACUUGGCUCGACUCCAUGACUGCCCUCCACCUCAAGGCCGGCAACUAUUCAGAGGCAGCUCACUGCAGUAUCCACAUAGCUGGUCUGGUGGCAGAGUGUCUGAAACUACAGAAGGAGAACGCCCACGGCUGUGCUGCCUUCACACACAUCUCCCCCAACAUCGAGAUGGAGGAGAGAGGCAUGAGGGAAGACAAGGGCACUGCUGGUGCCGAGGACCACAGCUACACACAGCCAAACCUGGUGUCCCUACUAGAGACCAGCAUGGACUACUUCGAGCAGGGUCAGCGCUACGAAGUCAUGUCUGAAGUGGCGAAACUUCUGCAGCCAUUUUAUGAAGAUGCCAGGGACUCUAAGAGUAUGAUGGAAAUGUAUGGGAAGUUGCACCAGGCCUACCGUAAGGUGGUGGACAUUGAAGAGUCCGGGAGAAGAUAUCUCGGAACUUACUUCAGAGUGGCCUUCUUUGGCAGGCCAUUCGGAGACGACCACGAGAAGCAGUACAUCUACAAGGAGCCAGCAGUCACCACUCUGGCCGAGAUAGUUCUCAGACUCCAGAAACUCUACUCCAGAAAGUUUGGUCCCGGGACACCUGUCAACAUCGUACAGGAAUCCGGCAGGGUUGACAUAGAGUCAUUGGCCUCCAACCACGCCAACAUACAAAUCACUCACGUGGAGCCGUACUUCACGGAGGACAUGUUGCAGGACAGAACGUCGCGGUUUGAGAGGACCAACAAUCUCAGUCGGUUUGUGUUUGAGGCUCCGUUCACGAGAGGGGGCAAACAGCAGGGCGACGUCACACGGCAGUGCAUGAGAAAGACGGUCCUCACCACUUCACACUGGUUCCCCUACAUUAAGAAGAGGAUCCUCGUCAUCCAUCAAGAACAGUUUGAACUCUCCCCUAUUGAGGUGGCCAUUGAAGCCAUGCAGAGGAAGACGAGUGACCUCGUGGCCCAGGUUCAAAGGUCACCCCCAGACCUGAAGAGACUACAACUCUUACUCCAAGGUUGUGUCAGUACUCAGGUAUGUACAUUAUUAUGACAAUCUUUUGGCGGAGUUGGUGGGCAAAAUAAGCCUUCCUAGUCAUCUCUUUUCAAUUGUGCAAUUUUCUGUGUGUAUGUGUGUAUGUGUAUACGGCUGAAUUCCAAAUCUACUGAAAGUUCUUCUUCCUGAUCUCGUCUCUCCCGUUGGUGGCCAGGUGAACCAAGGAGUGCAGGAAUACGCAGUGUUUCUCUCUCAGCAACACUCUUCAGAACUGUCGUCUGCUCAGAUCAGCCAGCUCAAGACCGUCUACCGGUCAAUGAUGGAUGCAUGUCAGCAUUCUCUGGACCUGAACGAGAGCCUCAUAUCCACCGACCAACUUCUCUACCACCAAGACAUGAAGAGCAAGUUCCAAAAGAUGCUCACCACUCUCAACCCACUCAUAGCUGAUGACUCUGACAAUGAUGACAGGGUGGCCCAUGGCAGUGAUACAUAUCCGAGAGCAGCUCGAAGGUCUCAGGUUGGACUGGACCCUCAUAGAAUGUCUGCCAUUCUCUUCAGCUCCAUCAGUGGAGCAACUUGACACCAUGACCAUUACACACACACUUCUUCCCAGACAUGUGAUGUGAUGUUGUAUCUGUUGUUAUUCUUGUGUAUUACAAUAAAAAUAUGAUUAUUUUGAUCAGUGGGACUCAGUAAACAUGACCAACUGAGUUUUCAAUCUUCAAACUGGCAACUUCUCGAUCUCCUGGCCAGUACUGACUGUGCCCCUAAUG